AUGUCAAUAAAGCCUCUCAUUCACCAUGCUUUUCCGGUCGAAUUUGGAUACUCAGAAAUGGCAGGCUUUAAAAGCUUUUCCAUUCUCAUUUUAACAGUUUCUGCAGGGCUUUUGGCAAUAUUGUGGAGAGACAAUUUUGAUUUUGAGUUACUGACUGGUUCCCGUGUCCUACUGACUGGUGCAAGUAAAGGAAUAGAGGAACAGAUGGCAUAUCAUUAUGCCAGAUUUGGUGCUGAACUUGUAAUAACUGCACGCAAUGAAACUCGCCUAAAACAAGUUGUGGAGAAAUGUUUGGAACUGGGCACAAAGAAAGUCUAUUCCUAUCCUGCGAAUAUGUCACUUCCAAUGAACUCAGAGCUGGUGGUGCAGUUUGCGAUGGAGAAGCUGGAUAAGUGUUCUUUGGAUUAUUUAGUCUUGAAUCACAUUGGGUAUGAUCCCUUCCAGAUGUGGAAUGGAAAUGCUGAGAAUGUCAUUUGGCUGAUGCAA